AUGUAUUGGAGCUUCAUCGCUCUCGCCCUCGUCGCGCCCAGCGCCGAUGCGUUGCUUCGCUUCGCUUGCUCACAACUUGUGACGGAGCGUCUUGACCCCUUAGUCAACCCAGGAGUCGCACAGUCGCCUCACCUCCAUCAGGUAGUUGGAGGCAACUCCUUUAACAUUUCUAUGGACCCAAACAACGACCCCUCGUCCCUCGCGUCCUGUACCAGUUGCACCUUCAGCGAGGACUUUUCUAACUACUGGACGGCUGUUCUCUACUUCCGCGCACAAAAUGGAAGCUUCCACCGCGUUCCCCAGAUAGGCAACGAGCUUUUUGAACAGGCGAAUGGCGGCGUAACUGUCUACUAUAGCCCACCAAACUCUGGGAAGGCAAAGGUUACAGCUUUCAAGAAAGGUUUUCGCAUGCUUGUGGGAGAUACCAGUUGCCGCAAUGCGGCGUGUGCGUCCAAGUACCGCCAACUGACGUACACUUGCCUUCAAACCCCCGGGACGAGAACUGGCGAGACAAAGGAUAUGCCUAAAAAGCCCUGCCCUGCAGGAAUCAUGGCGAACAUUCGCUUUCCCACUUGUUGGGAUGGAACGAACCUCGACAGUCCUGAUCACAAGAGCCAUAUUGCUUAUCCAAGCAGCGGAACCUUUGAGAGCAAUGGUCCUUGUCCAUCAACUCACCCCGCUCAGGUCCCUCAGCUAUUUUACGAGACCGUCUGGGACACUAGAAAGUUCAAUGACAAAUCCCUCUGGCCGACGGAUGGCUCGCAGCCCUUUGUCUGGAGCAAUGGCGAUCCGACUGGAUAUGGGCUACAUGGCGACUAUGUCUUUGGUUGGAAGGGCGAUGCUCUCCAGAAAGCCAUGGAUGCCAACUGCAAUAUCAACUGUCCUCAACUCAAGUCGCAACAAAUACCUGCGGGGAAUAAGUGCACGAAGCCCGCAAUCGUCAAUGAGAACAUCGAUGGAUGGAUAGACGAGCUCCCUGGAGGGAUGCCGAUCACUUCGAGUUAG